AGGUCAGCACACAGUGAUGAAAGAGCAGAGUGGAGCUGUGAGAGCAGUGAUGGACAUGAGUGUGUUUGUGCUGCUUCUGCUGUCAGGGCUUCUCUGCAGCGCUUUUGGUCUUUGGCGAGAUUAUCACUACAUUAAUAAGAGCAUGUCAUGGUCAGAUGCUCAGAGUUACUGUAGAGCGAGGUUUACUGAUCUGGCUACUGUAGACUCUAUGAAUGAUGUGAAUAGGACGAUGAAUACAGUGAAUGAAGGAUACAGUGGAUCAGUGUGGAUUGGACUGAAGAGGGCGACACAGAGUCGAUGGGUCUGGUCAAUGGAGAACAACACACUCUCUCAGUAUAUUAACUGGAAACCAGGGGAGCCAGACUUUGAUGGAGAGUGUGUAGGGAGUUCUAAUGGAAGUUGGUUUGAUAAAACAUGCUCGACUUUAUUGCCCUUUGUGUGUUACAACGGCACCGCUGGUUUUAUUUUUAUUAAUAUGACUCUGACUUGGAGAGAUGCUCAGAGUUACUGCAGACGACAUCACACUGAUUUGGCGAGUGUCAGCAGUCCAGAACAACAGCGUCUGAUCAAUGAUGAAUCAUCAGUCUGGAUCGGUCUGUUUCUACACUCCUGGCAGUGGUCUGAUCAUUGGAGUCUCAGUUUCAGAUAUUGGACAACCGGACAACCAUCCAACAGUUCAGCAUCUGCAAACUGUGUUGCCAUGGCAACAACUGAUUCUGGAAAUUGGGCUCAUGAUAGCUGUGAUCUACAGCGUCCUUUUAUCUGCCAUGGACGACCCAAACCUCUUUAUCGACCGUAUCACUACAUAAACACCAGAAUGUCGUGGUCAGAAGCUCAGAGUUACUGUAGAGAGAGUUUCACUGAUCUGGCUACUGUAGACUCUAUGAAUGAUGUGAACAGGACGAUGAAUAAAGUGAAUGAUGGAUACAGUGGAUCAGUGUGGAUUGGACUGAAGAGAGGGGGACAGCAUCGUUGGGGUUGGUCUAAUGGAGAAAACACAAUCUCCCAGUACAGUAACUGGGACCCAACACAGCCAAAUCAACCAUUAAGUGAAUUUUGUGUGUUUAGCACUAAUGGGGGUUGGCAUGAUAUGCCGUGUAACUCUAAUCUUACUUUUGUGUGUUACAAUGAAAGUAGUGGGUACAUCAUGGUAAGCAGUUCUAAAAACUGGAGAGAUGCUCAGAGUUACUGCAGACAGUAUCACACUGAUCUGGCCACCGUCAGCAGCCCUGAGGAGAAGAACCAGCAAAGUGCAGUUGUAGGAAGCGGGCGAUGGGUUUGGAUUGGUCUGUUCUUGGACUCUUGGUGGUGGUCUGAUCAAUGGAGUCUCUUCUUUAGAAACUGGGCAGCAGGACAACCAUCAGCAUCUGGUGACUGUGUUGCCAUGUCCACAAUUGACUCUGGGAAAUGGAUUCAGGACAGCUGUGAUCUUCACCGUCCUUUUCUUUGCUAUGGACGGCCCAAACCUCUUUAUCGACCGUAUUACUACAUAAACACUAGAAUGUCAUGGUCAGAAGCUCAGAGUUACUGUAGAGUGAGUUUUACUGAUCUGGCUACUGUAGACACUAUGAAUGAUGUGAACAGGAUGAUAAAUACAGUGAAGGAUGGAUACAGUGGAUCAGUGUGGAUUGGACUGAAGAGGGGGACACAGAGAUGUUGGGGUUGGUCUAAUGGUGAUGACACCUACACACAGUACAGAGGCUGGGGUACAGGACAACCUUCUGGUGAUGGAGAAUGUGGCGAACUUAAGAGUGGAGCUUGGAACGAUCUUCCAUGCAGCACGAAUUAUAAUUUUGUGUGCUACAAUGUAGAAACUAUUGGAAACAUCCUCAUACAGACUCCAAAAAACUGGAGAGAUGCUCAGAGUUACUGCAGACAGUAUCACACUGAUCUGGCCACCGUCAGCAGCCCUGAGGCGCAACAACAGCUGUAUAAUCUUGCUGGAUAUGGCUCAUGGGUCUGGAUCGGUCUGUUCUUGGACUCUUGGCAGUGGUCUGAUCAAUGGAGUCUCUUCUUUAGAAACUGGGCAGCAGGACAACCAUCAGCAUCUGGUGACUGUGUUGCCAUGUCAGCAGCAACUCCUGGGAAAUGGGCUCAUGGCAUCUGUAAUCUGAAACGUCCAUUUUUCUGCCAUGGAUGGCCCAAACCUUUAUUUCGACAUUAUCACUAUAUAAAUAAAAGUAUGUCGUGGUCAGAUGCUCAGAGUUACUGCAGAGUGAGGUUCACUGAUCUGGCUACUGUAGACUCUACGAAUGAUGUGAACAGGACGAUGAAAACAGUGAAUGAUGGAUACAGUGGAUCAGUGUGGAUUGGACUGAAGAGGGCGACACAGAGUCGAUGGGUCUGGUCAAUGGAGAACAACACACUCUCUCAGUAUAUUAACUGGAAACCAGGGGAGCCAGACUUUGAUGGAGAGUGUGUAGGGAGUUCUAAUGGAAGUUGGUUUGAUAAAACAUGCUCGACUUUAUUGCCCUUUGUGUGUUACAACGGCACCGCUGGUUUUAUUUUUAUUAAUAUGACUCUGACUUGGAGAGAUGCUCAGAGUUACUGCAGACGACAUCACACUGAUUUGGCGAGUGUCAGCAGUCCAGAACAACAGCGUCUGAUCAAUGAUGAAUCAUCAGUCUGGAUCGGUCUGUUUCUACACUCCUGGCAGUGGUCUGAUCAUUGGAGUCUCAGUUUCAGAUAUUGGACAACCGGACAACCAUCCAACAGUUCAGCAUCUGCAAACUGUGUUGCCAUGGCAACAACUGAUUCUGGAAAUUGGGCUCAUGAUAGCUGUGAUCUACAGCGUCCUUUUAUCUGCCAUGGACGACCCAAACCUCUUUAUCGACCGUAUCACUACAUAAACACCAGAAUGUCGUGGUCAGAAGCUCAGAGUUACUGUAGAGAGAGUUUCACUGAUCUGGCUACUGUAGACUCUAUGAAUGAUGUGAACAGGACGAUGAAUAAAGUGAAUGAUGGAUACAGUGGAUCAGUGUGGAUUGGACUGAAGAGAGGGGGACAGCAUCGUUGGGGUUGGUCUAAUGGAGAAAACACAAUCUCCCAGUACAGUAACUGGGACCCAACACAGCCAAAUCAACCAUUAAGUGAAUUUUGUGUGUUUAGCUAUAAUGGGGCUUGGCAUGAUAUGCCGUGUAACUCUAAUCUUCCUUUUGUGUGUUGCAAUGAAAGUAGUGAGUACAUCAUGGUAAACAGUUCUAAAAACUGGAGAGAUGCUCAGAGUUACUGCAGACAGUAUCACACUGAUCUGGCCACCGUCAGCAGCCCUGAGGCGCAACAACAGCUGUAUAAUCUUGCUGGAUAUGGCUCAUGGGUCUGGAUCGGUCUGUUCUUGGACUCUUGGCGGUGGUCUGAUCAAUGGAGUCUCUUCUUUAGAAACUGGGCAGCAGGACAACCAUCAGCAUCUGGUGACUGUGUUGCCAUGUCCACAACUGACUCUGGGAAAUGGACUCAAUACAGCUGUGAUCAUCAGCGUCCUUUUAUCUGCUAUGGACGGCCCAAACUUCAUCGUCAUUAUCUCUAUGUAAAUAAAAAAAUGUCUUGGUCAGAAGCUCAGAGUUACUGCAGAGUGAGGUUUACUGAUCUGGCUACUGUAGACUCUAUGAAUGAUGUGAACAGGAUGUUAAAAACAGUGAAGUCUUGGUAUAGCGGGUCAUUGUGGAUUGGACUGAAGAGGGCGACACAGAGUCGAUGGCGCUGGUCUUCAGGUGAUGACACUCUUAAGCAGUACAGUGGAUGGCAGUCAAGAGAACCUAAUGGUGAUGCAGCAUGUGUCUUUUUCGCCAAUGGAUUUUGGAAUGAUUAUUCAUGCUCAAACCAGUUAUUCUUUGUGUGCUAUAAUGGUAUAGGAAACAUUGUGAUAUCGAUGUAUAAAAACUGGACAGAUGCUCAGAGUUACUGCAGACAGUAUCACACUGAUCUGGCCACCAUCAGCAGCCCUGAGGAGCAAAAGCAGCUGUAUAGUGUGGUUGGAAAUGGGCCAUGGGUCUGGAUCGGUCUGUUCUUUGACUCUUGGCAGUGGUCUGAUCAAUGGAGUCUCUUUAAUUUCAGAUACUGGGCGACAGGAUACACAUCCCUGAGUUCUGGGUCUGGUGACUGUGUUGCCAUGUCAACAACUGGCUCUGGGAAAUGGAUUCAAGACAGCUGUGACCAAAAGUUCCCCUUUAUCUGCUACGGAGAUGACGAUAUAAUUAAAAGGCAGAUUGGUAAACUACUUUUGUCCUGUGAUGUGUUACGAUCCCCUGCUAAAAAAUGCAGUUCUGGUGAGCCUUUGGUGAAGACAGCUAUUUUAAAUAAGAUAAGAGAAAAGAUUAUUGCGGCUGGAUAGUAGUAAGGCAAUGAGCUGGAGAAAGGAUGAAGGUGGAGAGGUGUUUCACCUGGAAACCGAAAGUAUAACCAUUUCAAAUAGUACAUGUGAUGGAAAUUAUUUUUGUACAUUAUUUACAUAUAUUAAUUGUGUAUUUAUUCAUUUAUUAAUCAAGUAACAAUCAAUGUGCUUUUAAAAAUGUACGCAUGUAUGCCUUGUUUAAUUGUGCUCAUUGUAUUUGACUAUUUUCUAAUAUCUUUUUUAACCUAAUUUCUCAAAGAUAUUUCAAAAGUAGUACUAGUAGCACCUUUAUUUAUAUAGCAAUGAUGUAAAAUAAAAUGUAUAACAAUCGUCUGUCAUGGUUCUGCCCCACCUUGUCUUGCUUUUCUUGACCUAGUGGCAGAACCAUGACAGAACCUCUUGUUUUAUGUGGAGAGAAGCCUUUUGACCCUGUUGGCCUUCGACUCUCCGGUGUUCCGUCUCUGUUCCCGCCCUUUCGUCUCCUCCUUAUGAUUGUUAAUUAGUUCAUGCCCCACACCUGUUCCCUCUUGUUUUGUCCCCCUUCAUAAGGUCCCUGUGUUUUCUGUCCUGUGCUGAUCAUUGUUCUGUUGUCACUCGUGUGUGACGGUGUGGUGAGUCCGUGUCUUGAGUCUUUGUUAGUAUAGUUAGUUUUUUGUAUCCCCAUGUAUAUGUUAUGUGUAGCUUUGUAAUGUGACCAGGUAUUACGUGUUUCCCCUUACCUGGUUUUGUGUAUACCCGUGUUUUGGUUUUGCUCCAUCAUGGGUUUUUGUUUCGUCUUGUUAUUAUUUAUUAAAGUCCCCUUACCCUGUCUGCACUUGGGUCCUCUCUCCGUGUCUCACACCUCGUUCGUGACAUCAUCAAUUUAUAUAAGAUAUUUUGUAGGUUUUAACAACUUUUUGAAUUUAUUAAACUUUAUUCAUUGUCAUUAUUAUGGAAUGCCAAAAUUGACAAUAUUAAACAUAAAUAAAUACAAAAA